CUCAGUUCGCUCGGAAACGACGAUCUCGCAUACAGCGUUUUACUCCAUUUUUUACUCGGUGAUAGCUAUGUUAUGUCUCGGAAGCGCCAGAGAAAACCGAUGAUCAAGACUCAAACAAAGCACUUUGCAAACACUGAGACCAAUAUGAUAACUAUCAGUUGCCUGAGCCCGAUUUGGAGAGCUUUAAGGAGAUGAUACUCGAAAGAAAGUCAAACCAAAAGCGCCUUCUGUUUGUGACCGAAACCCGGCGUCAGUCAUGAAUUAUUAUGGUGAACACAAACACAAAGACGAAACCCUGGAGAAGGUGAUGUUCUCGUGUACGCUGCCUCCCUGUUCACUGACCCGAAAGGAACAUAAAAUUGCGAGAGAGAGAGAAAGGAAGAAUACCCUAAAGGAAGGCAAGAAUCGUUAUAACAUUGUAAAAGGCUUGGCAGAAGGUGUCGAUGGAAUUUCCUUUGAAAGUGUGCUUAAAAAAAGACACUACCUACGAGCAAGAAAUAACUAUCUCAUUUUGGAGCCCUUCGAUGACUCUGAAGACUACAGAAAAGAAAGUACAUUUGUUCCCCUUCAAGACAUGUGGUUUGAGGGCUAUUUUGCAUUCGAAUCGCUCUUAAAUCCGGCGCAUUUUAUUCGUAGACGCGGAGAGAAACUGCGUCUGCAGAAGUACGAGAACUCUCACUUUUUCAAAGAGGACUCCAGCUUCAAGUUAACGAGAAAGAGGUGUAUGGCUUGUGUUAAGGAAGGCUCGCGAGUCUGGGCGAGGGCCGAGAAAGGAUGUUUCCAACGAGGUGUUGUGACAGCGAUGGACGACGACAUACACGUACAACUCGAAAAUGGCAAGAAAAUAAGACACAAGAAGGAACAUCCUGAAUGUGUGGUGCCUGACGCCGUACCACAUGUGAGGGAAGUUGACAUUGGCACAAGAGUGUUGGCCAGAUGGUAUAAUCGCUUAGACACUUGUUAUCCUGGAACGGUGACUGCCAUUCGACGCAGUUUCUUUGACAUAAUAUUCGAUGACGGAGAUAAGGGAAUCAAUGAGCUUCGAGAAUUAAGAAUACUGAGGAAAACUGAGGGCGAAGAAGAUGGCAAAUCCGCACUGCCUCCAUGGUCUUCGUUAGACGGAAUACCUCGCAUCGAAGGAGGGUUAUGUAUCGACUAUGGCGAUAUCAUUACGACCGGCCCCAGCUUGUUGAAACGGGAAAUCAAAGAAAAAAUUACAAUAGACUAUGAAAUAUGCUCUACACAAGAUUCGCCCGACGAGGAACGCGUCUCUAGUCCUUUGGACAACACCGAUGUGACAGAAAUAACGGUCAACGGGCACGCGGAAGAUCCAAUGGAAAAUGAACAGAAUUGCCAUCAAGAUGAAAACGGUUUUGCAUUGGAAAAUAACUACAGUUACCUUACCCCGGACAUUUGCGAAACGGAGCCACGAAAUCCAAGUCAGGUCAGCGGAAGUUCGAGCGACAGUGGUUACCAAGGCAACAACAGUCAUCGCCAAAGGAAAAUAGGUGUUUGGAGGGCCACCUCUUCUCAACACAACGUGUUCCGCUGUGGGAAUAAUAGUCCCCAGUUCCUCUCUCCUUUGAGCUAUCUCUCGCACCUGCACGUCCCAGGCCUUUCUGAUAUCUCUGACGUAAGGCGAAACCUUAGUGAAUUGAGUGUCACUUCCAGUGUCGACAGCGGUUUUAGAGGCAGCGGUCAUUCCUUCCGACUUCGGGAUAGGUCUCCAGUCAGAUGUCCCGGUCAUGCGGUUCCCGUUACCAAAGUCCAAGAGAAUUACUGGGAAAAAGAAAAGGAGCAAGAAACCGAGGAAGAAAAGCAGAAAAUAGAAAGCACAGAGGAUCUAAAUGGGGAGUUUCAUACUGGACCGCUAGGCUUGGAAACGGUCAUCUAACACUCUUCGCUCUUCAAUCAAGAAAAAGCCAUCGCAAAAUAAAAUAUUGCAAUACCGUGGCUAGAUUCCACUCCAAGAAGAGGCAAAUUCUAAGAAACUCAACUUGAAAGAGAAGACACUCUCAUAGCUGUUUCGUAUGUAGACCUAGAACCAAUCAGCCUUUCCAAGCGUAAUGGGACGUGGAAAUCGUCGAAACACGAAGAAAAACACCCAAAGGAAGCGAACAGAAAAACCGCGUCUCGAUCGUGGGAACCUUUCCCCGCCCCUUCCAAAAGAAGACGCUAAGUUGAAGAUUGCAAAGAAGACAGACAACACGAGACUUGGAGGUCGGCGGAAGCAAUUUGAUAAUGUAUUGUGAAAGAACAAGAUUCCGACUUCUACCAUCAAAAGAUAAAAAAAAAUGGACUACAUAUCAUAUAUGAACAAGUUAUUAGGCAGUUACAUUUGGUUGGUUUACCAGAUAGCUUUAUCAGCAUCAAUUUGUAAUUUGCACAAAUCAAAGUAAAGAUUUCAAAGUCAUUGAAUCAAAUUUGGAAAGAGAGGAAAGAGUUUUCAUUCAGUAGCACUGAUAAAACAAUUGCAAGUGCACAAGUAAUUGACAUAAUAUCUAGUAACUUAUGCAAGAUAUAUCGAAAACGUCUCAUUGAUAUCUACUACAAAUGAUAAAAAGAAUCGUAAAAAUAUUACAAUGAGAGGAGAUGCGAGAAGAAGGCAAUGAAGAACUAAAGUUCAUUUAUCAAGGACGAACGCUUCCGUUAAAUUUCACCGUUUGUCGUCUUUGAAAAUGAACAAAGAAAACAAUACAUUUUUACAAUCUCAGCCACUGGGAUUGGCAAAAUCAUAAUGACAUGUUUCGAAAAAUCUAGGCAUAUUAUACAAUAAAAACAUAAU